AUGCAUAUCAUCCUUUUGGGUGACUUCAAUGAAAUCAUUGACCCACACCUCGAUUGUACCAACCCAACACACUCAAGAAAAGAUAAUAGUCUUAUUACCUACUUACUGACACACGACUACAUCGAUAUGUACAGAGAGCUCCAUUCUCACACAGCAGGAUUCACAUAUACAAGGCCCUUAUUCAAUUAUGGAAGUAGAAUAGAUUAUAUCUGGAUAUCACCUAAUUUAGCAAACAGCAUUACAAAAGCCGAUAUACUCACAUCCAACACUAUAACCAAAGAGCUGGAGGCAAAAUCAACCAACAUAGCAAAAGCAACCCUUGAAAACAAUUAUCAGGCGGACAAGAUAUGGAGUCUUCUUAAAGAAAGCAUUCUACAAAUAGCCAAUAGAAAUCUCAAAAAACAAAAAUUCAGAAAAGGACGUCAAAAUUCAAGACCAUCACACCACAACAACAUACUCAAAAACACACACCUUACAGGACAAAUAUAUAGAAAAUAUAGAAGAUGGCUUAUAAAACCACAAGAAAGAUCCACAGAACUUGAACAAAAUAUAAUCAACCUAGUAACAAAACUGAACAAAGAAGAAAAACAAAUCUUCAACCCACCCUUCCCACAAGACAAUACAGAACUGCCACAAGAAGGGAAAGAAUGGCUCACAUCAAUUCACAACAUAUGGAGAAUAGAAAGAAGACUGGCAACAAACAUAACUUUUGCCACAACCAAAUACUUCACACUGGCAAUAGCACCAAAAGGAGGCGACAUCUCAAUAGAAUCCAUUACAUCACCAGAAUAG